UUCUGAAUCUCUCUUGGUAACCAAUGGCAGAGCCUUCGACCAAGAUCAUACCCCUCUUGAAGGAUGAGCUGGACAUCGUGAUCCCCACGAUCCGGAACCUGGAUUUCUUGGAGAUGUGGAGGCCGUUCUUCGAGCCGUACCACCUGAUCAUAGUCCAGGACGGUGACCCGUCGAAGACCAUCAAGGUCCCAGAGGGGUUCGACUAUGAGCUUUACAACCGCAACGACAUCAAUCGGGUUCUGGGUCCCAAGGCUUCUUGCAUUUCCUUCAAGGACUCUGCCUGUCGGUGCUUCGGCUUCCUGGUCUCCAAGAAGAAGUAUAUUUUCACUAUCGACGAUGACUGCUUCGUUGCCAAAGACCCAUCUGGGAAAUAUAUAAACGCACUUGAGCAGCACAUUAAAAAUGUCCUAACUCCAUCCACUCCAUUUUUCUUCAACACUCUUUAUGAUCCAUACAGAGAAGGCGCCGACUUCGUCCGUGGAUAUCCUUUCAGUCUCCGUGGGGGUGCCCCUACCGCUGUUUCUCAUGGACUCUGGCUCAACAUCCCGGACUACGAUGCUCCUACGCAGCUUGUCAAGCCACUGGAGAGAAAUACCAGGUAUGUCGACGCAGUUUUGACAAUACCUAAGGGAACGUUGUUCCCCAUGUGUGGUAUGAAUCUAGCAUUCAACCGUGAAUUGAUUGGACCUGCAAUGUACUUUGGGCUCAUGGGAGACGGUCAGCCAAUUGGCCGAUACGAUGAUAUGUGGGCUGGAUGGUGCACCAAGGUUAUAUGUGACCAUUUGGGGUUGGGAGUCAAGACUGGUCUGCCCUACAUAUGGCACAGCAAAGCCAGCAAUCCUUUUGUUAACCUGAAAAAGGAGUACAAGGGCAUCUUCUGGCAAGAAGAGCUGAUCCCAUUUUUCCGAUCUGCUGUCCUUCCAAAGGAAUGCACCACUGUUCAAGAAUGCUACAUUGAACUCUCCAAGCAGGUCAGGGCUAAGCUUGGCCAGCUCGAUCCCUACUUCAACAAGCUAGCCGAUGCAAUGCUCAUUUGGAUUGAAGCUUGGGAAGAGCUCAACCCCCCUGCCGACCAACCAAUUGUACCUGCAAAGUAGAGACUUUGAUCAACUUUGAUUUGCCUUCCAUGGCUUUUAAAGCUUGCUAGUUGCUUACUAGUGUCAUUAUCAUCAUUAUUAUUAUCAGCUUUUAUUCUUUUCCCUAUUGGGCGGAAACGUAUAGAAUAUUUCUUGUACUUUUGGUGGAUGUCAUCCAUUUUACUCGAAUAUGUGAUAUGACAUUUGAGCAAGCUGUUACUGGCGUUUAA